UUUCCCACUCGUUCUAGAUUUAUGCAAAGAUGUUCGCGACGACGGACGAGCUCGACCGACGCCGCGCUGCAGUCGCCAAGCGACUCCAUGCGGCGGUAGAUCCGCCGUUGCUGCAAGAGUGCGCCCGCUGGACACAGCGCGCGACGCGGCUCUAUGCGCAGGUGCUGCAGACGCGCCCGGCGCAGGCGGUCGCAGCGACCAUCGUGGGCCACCGGCAGUGCUUUGUCCAGGGCCGCCGCUUUGUCGAGUACGAGCUCGUGAUCGAGACCGAUUGGCGCGGCGCGCAGCGUGCGUGGCACCGGUACAGCACGUUCCGCAGCCUCGCGGCGUCGCUGCACGCGCCGCUCCCCAAGCUAUCGGCGACGCACCUCUUUGGGGCGCACUCGGACCGUACCAUCGAGAUGCGAAAGGACCGCCUCAACGCCUUCUUGGCUGCGCUUUUACGCGACGAGACGCUGCAGUGGUGCCUCCGCAUGGCCGACGGACACCGCGUCGGUCGGCGCAAGACCAAGCAGGUGCUGCCGCUGGACGCCCUUCAAGCGGUCCACCACGAAGCGACGCGCGUUGGCGAAGAGGCACGCCUUGCGGCUGUCGACGCGGCCUGCGCGGCUGGCUCAGCGCCGGCGUUUGUCGUCGCCGAGAUUGGGCGCCUGCAACAGCGCGUCGAGCUGCUCGCGUCCGUGCUGGGGCUCCAUGGAGGCGUCACGCUCGCCACCGCGCGCAUUAUUGACGCGCGGUGGGUUCUCAACAGUCGCGCGACGCAGUACCGGAUCGAGAUCGAGACGCCCGAGCGCGGCGCACUGCGCGCGUGGUUCCGACACGAGACCUUUCUCAAGCUCUCGGCAUCGCUGACCGCCAAGUACGGGCCGGUCAUACCCAAUCUGGAGGCCGAGAAGCACCUGCCGCGCUGCCUCGAGAGACGCAUGGCAAGACUAAACGCGUUUCUUGCAGCGAUUCUAGCGCUCAGCGCUGUCGAGUGGGCGAUCCGCAUCGACGAAGCAACGUGCGUCGUCAAGCAGAACGCGUCGCAGCGCCCGUCGGCGGCCACCACGGUCUCGGACGACGACGACGACGACGGCUGGCCCUAGUCCUCUAAACUAACUCAACGCGUGCAUACGAAUACUCCUCGCACUUGUCGUACGUAGAGUGAUCGACUUCAUGCAGCAGAGACGCAAGCGCUUUUGCUUGCAGACAAUAUGACAUUCGAG